CGAAGUAUUGUUCCUGUUCUCCUUCUUAAGUCAUAUGAAACACUGUCCCUGCUAGUUCUUUAAGUUCCCUGCAAUCUGUACACAAGAGAGAGGGAGAGAGAGGGAGAGGGACAGAGACAGAGAGAGCCAGGGACCAGGUAGAGCGGAGGGGCUGCUGCAGCCAUCCAGACCCAGGAGCUGGAAAAUUGCCAAGGAUGCAGAAGGAAAUGAAGAUCACCAAAGACGAGGAUGUGCGUUUCAACUUGGGUGUGAAGAGGACCCCGUCCUUUCCCCACUGCCUACAGCCCGUGGCUUCCCGAGGGAAGGCGCCACAGAGACAUCCCCUCCCGGAAGCCCUCCGGGGGCCAUUUGCCCAGUUUCGCUAUGAACCCCCAGCUGGACACCUGGACGGAUUCCCCGGGGUCUUCGAAGGAGGCGGGUCCCGCAAGCGGAAGAGCAUGCCCACCAAGAUGCCCUACAGCCACGCUGCUGAAGAGGCGGCUCUCAGCCUCCCCUCGGAGGAGAGCAAAGCCCACGGGCCCGCGAGCCUGCCUCUGCUCUUCCCGCAGCCUCCGCGCCCCAAGUGUGACUCACAGAUGAUCGACCUGUGCGACGUGGGCUUCCAGUUCUACCGCGCACUGGAGCCGCUGGCGGGCAAGCCCGUCAAGCAGGAGCCCCUCAAGCCCAGCGCCCUGUGGCCCCAGCCGGCGCCCCCGCCUUUCCUGCCCGCGCCCUACCCUUACUACCCCAAAGUGCACCCGGGCCUGGUGUUCCCGUUCUUCGUGCCCAGCACCGCGCCCUUCCCCUUUGGCCGGCACGCCUUCAUGCCCAAGCAGCCCCCCGAGCCGCCGCUGCCGCGGAAAGCAGAGCCCCCCGACAGCGAGGAGGUCAAGCAGAAGGUGGAGAGGGUGGACGUGAACGUGCAGAUCGACGACAGCUACUACGUGGACGUGGGCGGUGCGCAGAAGCGCUGGCAGUGCCCCACCUGCGAGAAGUCCUACACCUCCAAGUACAACCUGGUGACCCACAUCCUGGGCCACAGCGGCAUCAAGCCGCACGCGUGCAGCCGCUGCGGGAAGCUCUUCAAGCAGCUCAGCCAUCUGCACACACACAUGCUGACGCACCAGGGCACGCGGCCCCACAAGUGCCAGGUGUGCCACAAGGCCUUCACCCAGACCAGCCACCUCAAGCGCCACAUGAUGCAGCACAGUGAGGUGAAGCCGCACAACUGCCGCGUGUGCGGCCGGGGCUUCGCCUACCCCAGCGAGCUCAAGGCCCAUGAAGCCAAGCACGCGAGCGGGCGGGAGAAUAUCUGCGUGGAGUGCGGCCUCGACUUCCCCACACUGGCCCAGCUGAAGAGGCACCUCACCACGCACCGGGGCCCCAUCCAGUACAACUGCUCCGAGUGCAACAAGACCUUCCAGUACCCCAGCCAGCUGCAGAACCACAUGAUGAAGCAUAAGGACAUCCGGCCCUACAUCUGCUCUGAGUGCGGCAUGGAGUUUGUGCAGCCUCACCACCUCAAGCAGCACUCGCUCACCCACAAGGGCGUGAAGGAGCACAAGUGUGGGAUCUGUGGGCGAGAAUUCACCCUGCUGGCCAACAUGAAGAGACACGUACUAAUUCACACCAACAUUCGCGCCUACCAGUGUCACCUUUGCUACAAGAGCUUUGUGCAGAAGCAGACCCUCAAGGCACAUAUGAUCGUCCACUCAGAUGUGAAGCCUUUCAAAUGCAAGCUGUGUGGGAAGGAAUUCAACCGGAUGCACAACCUGAUGGGCCACAUGCACCUGCACUCAGACAGCAAACCUUUCAAGUGCCUCUACUGCCCAAGCAAGUUCACCCUGAAGGGGAACCUGACUCGCCAUAUGAAGGUCAAACACGGAGUGAUGGAGCGGGGCCUUCACGCUCAAGGUUUGGGAAGGGGCAGAAUGGCCCUGGCACAGACCGCGGGUGGCCUGAGAAGCCUGGAGCAGGAGGAGCCUUUUGACCUCUCACAGAAGAGAGGGCCAAAGGGGGCUGUGUUCCAGUCGGAUGGGGAGAGUGCCCGAGGCAGCCCCUGCCACGAAGAGGAGGAAGAGGAGGAGGAGGAGGAAAACUGCUGCGAAGUGGAGCCCUAUAGCCCCAGCCUGUGCCCCCAGAGCCAGCAGCUCUGUGUGCCCCAAGAUCUGUCCACCAAGGCCAAGUGGACCCUCCAGGGGCGAGGGGAAGCCGGCAAGGAGGAGGAAGAGGAGGCGGAGGAAGAGGAAGAGGAGGAGGAGGAGGAGGAGGAGGAAAAGGAGGAGGAUGUGACUAAAGAAGAGCAAGCGGAGGACACCCACGGGGCAGAAGGCAGCCUGGAGCAGGCGGAGACAGAGGGGACCCGCAGGGAGGAGCGCCCAGCCUCAGGGUUUUUCAGAGCGGCCAGCAGGGUUCCUCUUUUUCUGAUUACUUAGACUUCAAGCACAGAGAUGAGAGUGUAAAAGAAUUACCGGAGAGGAAAAUGGAAAAACAAGCAGUGCUUUUGGGUAUCUGAGUGGACAGUUUUAAAAUUACAUUUGGAAGAUGAGAGCUAGGCCGUGCAAGUACAGCUUUCUGCAUGCACUGCCAUUCACUGAAGACUGUCAAAGGGCACUGGGGUUUACAAGUGACUCAGACUAAAUGAGCAGGGUCCGUCCUAGCUAAUGUAGUUGCUUCUCAGGCCAUUCCUUGGGCCCUUCAGUCUUAAAACCCACAUGCAGGGGCUUCAGUGUUACUUUAUGCAUCUCCCUCCCAUGUAAUAAACUGUGCAUAUUCUUCUAGAUGUCUCAUCAUAGCUGAGGUGCUUUUAGACAUUCUAUUUUCCUUUGAUUAAUAUGCAAUACAUGGUUUUUUUCUAGUUGUAAAACAAUGGUGCUUGACAUGUUACCUUGUCAAUAACUAUUUAGCUGAAUUCGUGAAAGUUAUAUUUUUCCAGUGAAAUGAAAAUAUUAUUAGUUGUAUAUAUAGAAAUAGCCUUUAUUACAUAAGCAAAAAUACUGGAAAUGACACAGACAGGUGAGCUAUUGAAAAGGAUAUUCUCAAGUAGCCACUGCAGAAGUAUAAUAAAAAUCUAAGAAGAAGAUGAACAGUUUUCACUAAGAGGAAAUAGCAACACUUAGUUUCCUACGUGAAUCUCUCUCAUCUGCUUCAGCUCCUUUCAUGAGUGGGGCAUUUGGAGCAAUCUGCAGAUGAUUGGGCAACGCUUGGGGGCCCUGGCUUCUCAAACUGAAGUCUUGUGUCCUAAGCAGAGUCCCCUCCUGGAGGCCACUGCUGUUUUACUCUGAAGCCUCACGCCCCAGAGAGCAGCUUCAGGGAGAGCUGUCACUGGUGAAGCUGGAGCUCAGGGGUGGGUGAAGGAAUUCUCCCUGAAACAAGCUCUGACUUAUUUGGGGGUGUUAGAAUAAUCACCAGCUGAUUACUAUGCUGAAAACCUGGACCAUAUUCUCAAUGCUGGCUACACAUUACAAUCAUCCGGGGGAGCCUUUCCAAAAAUACCACAGCCAGGGCCUUACUCCAAGAUUCUGAUUUAAUGGUAUAGAAGGAGCCCCUGCACUGGUAGUUUCCAAAUUGUUACCUAUAAUAUGUGCAGCCAGGAUUGAAAAAGAUUCACUAGGCUCGAAAAGCACCUACCCAUUUUUGUAUCUCCUGGAACCCACUCUCAGAGACUCCAGAAAUAUUUCUGCUCCUGGCUUCAGAGUGACUCUGAGCCCUGAGGUAGAGGACAGGAGACCGACAAUCAUCACGCUGACUCAGUCCUGCACACCUGCUCUGUAAGAGACUGACCAGGACAUCCCCCCACCACCACUGUACAGAUACACACUUUGUGGACUAGAACACAAUGCCUAUGAUGUUCCUGACCACUUCAUAUGCUGAAUGAUGCAUAACUGGCCCUAUGGGGACUCACUUUUCCUGCCCAGAUGCUGGACCCAUGAUUGUGGGGGACAGAAAUGGUGGGUUGGGCCCUGCAGGUGGCCUUACUUAGGCGCUGACACUGUGUAAAGUGAUACUAAUGGAGGCUGCCUACAAGGGACGGUGACAACUGACAGGAUUGUGUCUGCAUUUAUAUAAACCCUGCCUCUUGCUGAGGCUUUCAGUCCCUACUUGCAGAGCAAGGUACUGCUGAUUACUCUGCUUCCCCUCAUCCCACACUUGCCAGGACAUUUCGUUGGAAGACCAGGUCCAUUUCCAUAGGCUGGAUGCUGGCUUUUCCUCUCAACAUUGGUGCCUCCCCAUCAGCCCCAUCUUGCCUUCCUCAUUCACCAGUGUGCUUUGGCAGCCACGGACCAUUUCUCCUGCCACCAUCCUGAAAUCCCUUCUUUCAGCAUCAGUGCUACCAUGGAAUGCUACAGCUGCUUAGAUUUCCCACUGCCACCUACGGUCUGAGGUCAGAGCACCUGCAAAGGAGAGGAUGGAGAGAACAUUGUGGGCUUCUGCCGCUGUAAGUACAACUCUGAGCCAAGAACGGUUCCAAGUGCUCAGAGGGCCAUGUUCCACUCACUGUGAAUAUAGCUCAUAGGCGUCUUUGAUGAUGAUGGCCAGGAAGCUGGCAGAGUGCUUUUUGAAGAGGCCACCAGCUCUCAGGGGUCUGUUGGAUGUGUAUUCGUUCAGCAGCCACCCAUUGAGGACCUACUAUGUGCUGUGCCUGACCACAUGUGCUGCAAAAUUCCUGGCUGGAAUAGGAGCCAGGAAAACAUAGAGAGGUAGGGUCCAGUCCUUUCCAAUCAAAACAAAUCCUGAAAGAGUGUUUGAGGAACCAGUUAAUGUGGAGUUGGAGAGAGCAUGGUCCAAAAUGGUGGUUUUUCCAGUUGUGUUUUGAGGGGCCAGAGAGCCCUGUUCUGCCCCUGCAGAGCUGUUAGAGGAGGGAGAAACACAGCUUUCAUGCCUGCUCCAGUCAAAGUGGCUCAUUUUGUCAGUUUCAUGUAUUAGCAUUCUUAGUAGAAUUUCAUUUAGAGAAAGAAGAGGUCUAGGGAAAGUAACAAAAAUUUUAUUGAGCAGUGUGCUCUGAGGCCUGUGUUUAGUUUUUAACUCUGGAUAUGAGAGACUUAAUGAGCUCUAACCUGGGGACUGGGUUAGCACUGAAUUUCUGGGGCCCAAGGAUAAAACCUUAGUUUUAUACAUUGACUAACCAACCUGGCGGUUUGCCUGGGCCAACCCUUGUUUACAUCUGUGGUCUUUUAGGGUAAUUAAUACUAGUGCUGCCUUAACUCUCAAAAGUAUCACAGUUUGUGUAAUAAAUUACAUGAGCACCCUGUGUGUGAGGACAGAGCUAAGUGAAUGGUUGCCCGCCUUGCCUGAUAAGCUGAUUAACCAGAAUGAGGGCCUGAAUCUAUUGGGGCCCUCACCAGAGAACGAAGGAACAAGGUCAUUCAAGGUUACCAGCAUCCAAGGCCACCAUCUUCAUUACAUUGUGAAACUCUGAAAAUAGAUCAGGACCAAAUACUUUCCAGGCUUUGACCACUGUCACCUGGAACCACCAACACACAAGCCAACUGGUAUAUUUUUGUUUUACCCGUUAUAUUUGGACCUAUAAUUAGCUCUCUCAUUGCCUUUCAAUUCCUCUUUCAUUCUCUUCUUUUAAAAAUUUGAUUCCCCAUUGGCCAUGAGACUGAAGCUAACCUCUCAUAAACCCAAAGAGUAACAGGUAUAUUGGUAUAUGAUUAACCACAUGAAAAGGCUCAAUGUGCAUACUGUAUUUAUUAAGCCCUGAAGGCAUUUAAUAAAAUACUAACAUUGUGUUUUGAAUUAUGAUCUUUGUCUGCUUUGCUAGAGCAAAAUGUAACAGAACUAACAUUUAAAAUCCUUUGCAUAUUUUGGACAACAUUACACCAAAUGUUGAUUUUGUACAGAAUUCUGGCUUUCUAUUUAAAAAGUAAAACUCCAAGUAUAUAGCAAACCAAGUUGUGAAUAUUACUUUGUGCUUUAGUGAAAAGGCAGCUUACCUGAAAGUAUCAUGUUGUAACCUAUAUUUUGUUAAUUUAAGCAAAUAAAGACAUGUUGAAAAAA